AAGAGAAUUCUGGUUUUCCAUUCCUUGUGAAAGGGAUUUGAACUUGUGGAUAAUUUCUUCUCCGGCAGCCCGGAAAAAGAGAAGCAGAUGAAUCAACGAAAGACGAGGAAGAGAACUCACAGUCGGGAGAAAAAGAAGAAAAAGAAAUCAGAAACAAAAGAACCAGAGAGAAGAACAAGUUCCUGGAGUAUGUGUUCGAUGGAAGAACCGAUAAUGCCUGAAGUUAUUGGUAAAUCUGAAAUUCUCACAGACUCGCAUAUCUUACAGCUUUCUCAGUGUCUUCCGUCUCGUACGAUUGGACACAGCUGGCGCCUCAUCUACAGCACAUAUCUUCAUGGUAUCAGUCUGAAGACAUUAUAUCGAACAUUAGCAGAAUACGACACACCAGCCUUGCUUAUCAUCUUGGAUGACUCACACCAGGUCUUUGGAGCGUUCGCUUCCAGUCCCUUUGCUGUGAGUGAACAUUUCUAUGGCACAGGAGAAUGCUUUCUCUACACGUUUCAUCCGCAUUUCAAGGUCUUUCGUUGGAGUGGCGAGAAUAACUUUUUCAUCAAAGGAGACAUGGACGCCUUGGCUUUUGGCGGUGGCCAAGGCAAUUUUGGUCUGUGGUUAGAUGAGGAUUUGUAUCAUGGGAGUAGCCAUCGUUGUAAGACUUACAACAAUGAACCUUUGAGCACUAAAGAAGACUUUCUAUGCAGUGGUGUGGAGAUUUGGUGCUUUGAGUAAAAUAAAUAAGUGAAAAUUAUAAAUAGUGUUAAAAGAAUACAGUAUAUGUAUUUUUGCUCUUAAAAUUGUUAGUGAUAAAUCCAAUUAUAAAUCAAGUUUAUGGUAAAUUUGAAAACACGUAACCGUGUUACAAUACUGCGUCAUAAUAUGUCAUACAAAUGCUCUAUAAAUAAUCCAUAAAUAAUGAUCUGGUUUGCAGGAAAUAUUUCCGAAGGUGACGUCCUGAAUUGUUGCGCUAUAGAUAACCAAUGGAGAAGGUUUAAGAAAAUGAAUUUAUUUAAUGAAAUUAUAAUUAUUACCUUGAAGAAGAG